AUGAGUGAGAAAGCCGCAUCCAGCCCUGCAGCCACGGCUGUGACGGCUGUGACGGAAGCGACGGAGGUGAUGGAGGAGGAGGAAGAUGAGGAGGCCAUCUAUGAGGCGCACCGUGAAGAGCUUCUGGCGAUGCUGCGAAGCGGGGGCCAG